GCGCGACGCUAAUCUUCACCAGUCGAGCGCAGAACUCUCUUCUCUUCCAUAGUCAGCGCAGUUGAGAAGAAACGCUCUUCUGACAGCGACCAGAGAACAGCAGCGGGAAGCAGCAGGCAGCCGGUAUACAACAAACGAGCACUUUUGGGGUCCGGUGCCCCCACUUAAGGCAUGGCAUACGAGGAGCAAUCGAUGGCGGAUCGCUGAGGACGGGCAGUGAGAGAUGGAGUCUCUGUUCGGGGGCGAACUAGGCUUGCUGGGUGGCACCGAAGGGCUGAAGGAGGAUGGCUGUGGAGUGGGUUGGGCUGGUUCACCCUUACCCGAGGACAUGUAUUCAGCCUCUCACUUCGCGCUCAUCAGCGCCUACCAGGACAUCAAGACCCGGCUGGCCGGCCUGGAGAGGGAGAACACCGACAUCAAGAGGAAGCUCAAGCUCUACGAGAUAAAGUUCCCCAUGAUUGGUGACUUUGGCGAUGACAGAAACUCCUACUGCUCAUUUGAGUCCAAAGACACGGCCCUGCUCCAGUCGGAGAAUGGCAAUCUACAGCAGAGAAUCAACAUCCUCACUCAUGAGCUUCAGAAGAGUAAGGAGCGUGAGGAACAGCUGGAAGAUGUCAUCCAGGCUUAUGAGAAGAUCCACAUGGAGAAGAACAAUCUCCAAAGAGACCUGGACAAGAUGACGUCUCUAGUGGAGAACCACGUGGAGCGGAUCCACAGUCUGGAGACGGCUCUGAGGCAGCGAGACAGCUCUCUCCACAAACUCACACAGCUGCACAGCAAAGACAUGCAGUACCUACAACUCCAUGCCAGCCCUGAUCCACACAGACUAGACUGCCCAGCUUUGACCCUCCAGAGUUCCCGUAGUUUGGACACGCUAUCUGAUCUCAAACUACAACGACUGGAGGCGGAGCUAGAAGGGGCGCGGCACGAGGCUCAGGGGGCAUGUCAGAGGGAGGAGGAGCUGAAGGCUGAGUGUGAAAGACUGCAAGAGGAGUUAAGAGAGCUUCAGAAUAACCAGAGACAGCGGGACGUGAGCUCUACCUGUGCGCAGUGUGAUGUGGAAUGGAUAAAGAAGGUGGGAGAUGAACAGGUGAAUCUCGCCCUGGCCUACACAGAGCUGACUGAGGAGCUUGGUAAACUGCAGGCACUGAGUGCUAAACAAACAGAGAUUUUGAGGAGUGUGUCACAGGAGCAGGCCAGCCCAGUUCAGCGUCAUUCCCCUGUGCCUCACCAGAGGCACUCGCCCAUCCCGCAGAGGCACUCGCCCGUCCCGCAGAGGCACUCGCCCGUCUCACAGCGCCACUCCCCUGUGCCCCAACGCCGCUCCCCGGUCCUGCAGCGCCUCUCGCCAGACAUGCACCGCCGUUCGCCCCUGCCUGAGAUCAGCGACGGUCCCGCCUCCUACUCCUGCAGGCCGCCCAUCCACCACCUGAGGGCGAGCUUCCAGGGACGGCGCAGCUACUCGGAGGUGGCCGACCCGUCUGCCUACCAGCGCCCGCCACGCUUCACUCUGGACCCCGUGUCCACGCUGCCCAAGCCCCGGCCCUACGUGGAGAGCUACCAUAAGCAGACGCAGCAGCAGACGCAGCAGACGCAACAGCAGCAGCACGGGGGAAGUCCGCAUAUCCUGGCCCAAAGGCGAGGCUCCCACCCCGGGCUCCAGGCGGCAGCAGCGGAGGGUGGCAUGGCUGAGUCCCCGAGACACUCCAGGGAGCUGUCUUUCCAGCACUCAGAACUGUCCCAUCUCCAUUACGAGCCGCAGCCAGGUCCGGCGCCACUGCAUGCUGCACCACAGCCACCCCAUUCCUCGGAGGAUGAGGAGGAAUGGACCUGUCCCCACCCCAUCAGCCCCCCGCGGACGCUGGGGGCUUCUGGUCCCACCUCUGGCAUGAGAGGCCCAGCCUCCUGUUCUGCCUUCCCGAUACCAGCACGCCCAAAUACUCUAAGCUGCCACCCAUCUGGUUAUCUGCAUGCAGAACAUGCCCAGUCCUGGCCUUCCAUUAAUCUGUGGAUGGAGACAGAGGAGGAGAGUGAUGUCAGGAGCUGCCCACUUUGCCACCUGAUCUUCCCUGUUGGUUACCCUGACGAUGCCCUGAUCAAGCACAUUGACUCGCACUUGGAGAACAGCAAGAUCUGACAGCCCAACAAUACUCAUACCCCACUGCACUCUCUACUAGUCCUACAUUAACACUUAUAAACAGCUCAUACAGGUUUUGCUGGAUUGAGGAGGACGCCAUGGGAUUGUACGCAAGCUCAGGACAGAUCCUGGUAAAAUCGGGAUUAUUUUGUAGUGGCAGUGCAUUGUACAUUUGCAAGAAAAACCCAUGAACCCUUUGUAAUUACCUAUAUUUCGCUAUAAAUGGCACCUGAAAUGUGGUCUUAUCAUCACUUAGCUCACAACAAUACAUAAAGCCCUAUUUAUUUUACAAGUAACACACAUGACACUUUACAGUGCCAUAUCUUUGUUUCAACAAACCAUCAUGAUCAUGGAGAAAGUAUGUGAACACUAAUAGUUAGUAACUAGUGUUACCUCCUUUAUUGACAGUAACUUCAAUAAAACUGCUGACCAGUCCUGAGCAGUUAA